UCUUCCUCUAAUUCUCUUCCACCUAAGUCAACAUCAUCCUUUUUCAUCUCCAAAAGUUGUUCCUUUUCAGUUUUAUUAUUAUCAUUCAAAGUUUUUUAAAAAGUUGACAGUUCAUUUCCAAGUUUUAUUUCUGAAACUGAAAGCUGGUUCUCUGUUUUGGUCACAUGGUUUUUGAUCAGAAACAUAACUCUUUACUCCCAACAUAAUAAAUUGUCCCACGUCAGUUUUUCAUAUUCAAGAAAGCUUCAUUUUGGAUCAGAGUUUUAAAUCAUAGGAAAAAGAAAAUGGAACGUGGUGGGUUUUAUCCAGAUUGGAAGGAUACUUCUUCUUCCUUGUUUGGAUCAGAGAACAUGGAGGAAGAGCUGGAAGAAGAGCUUUUCUCAUCUAUUCCACAGCCUCAGACACCAAAAGAGCCUAUGGAGUUUCUGUCAAGAUCUUGGAGUCUCUCUACCUCUGAAAUCGCAAAAGCACUUGCACUGAAACAUAGACAACAACAAGAACAGCGUUGUGUUGCACAAAACAACACUCAUGUUCUGUUCCCUGAUGCUGCUGCUGCUGCUGCACAUCCACUCAUGACUGGGAAGAUUAUGAACUCGUUUGGCACACGUAGAGCAGGGACACUAUCCAAAUGGUUUCACCACCACAGGGAACAUAGCAGCAGUAGCAACACCACCAACUAUCUCAAGAAGAAAGACAAGGCGCGUGUUGAGAACGCUCACGUGCACUCUGCAGUAUCUAUAGCAGCUCUAGCUGCAGGUGUAGCCUCGGUGACAUCCGCAAGCAAUUGCAAAGGGUCAAGCUCCAAGAUGACUCUGGCUUUAGGCUCAGCCACAGAACUGUUGGCUUCACACUGUGUUGAGAUGGCUGAGCGAGCCGGUGCUGACCAUGCACGUGUUGCUUCCACGGUUAGGUCAUCUGUUGACAUCCACAGCCCCGGUGAUCUCAUGACUCUUACAGCCGCUGCUGCAACGGCUUUAAGAGGAGAAGCGGCUCUGAAGGCGAGACAGCCAAAGGAAGCAAGGAAAAACGCAGCUAUUACACCUUUCGAGAGAAGCUUCUCCAACUCUCAUUGGCCUGCAAACUUUCAGUUUAGAUUGGAAGAACCAAAUCUUCCACUUGAAGGCGAACUGAUGCAAUGCGCGCGAAAUGGAGUGCAGAGAACUAAGCGUGUAUGUGUCUAUAUCAACAAGAAGUCUCAGGUUAUAAUCAAGCUCAAAAGCAAACAUGUUGGAGGUGCAUUCUCAAAGAAGAUCAAAUGCAUUGUCUAUGGAGUCUGCGACGAGAAAUCAGCUUGGCCUUACAGGAAAGAGAGGGAAAACUCAGAGGAAGUCUACUUUGGUCUGAAAACCGGACAAGGCCUUUUGGAGUUCAAGUGCAAGAGCAAAGUUCACAAGCAGAGAUGGGUUGAUGGGGUAGAGUCUCUUCUCCGCCAAGUAAACUGCUUUGAGGCUGCCAAGUGCUCGCUGGGAUCUCUAAGUCUCACCAAUCACAGAUGAUGCAGGAUCCUGUAUAUAUCUUAUUAUAUAUAUAUAUAUAUCCACAUUUUUGCUGUUGUGAUGUAUUUGCAAAAAUACUGGCAAUGUACAAUCUCAGUCAUAAGAAUUUUGGAUAAAGCACCAACAUGUUAUUCAGAUGAUCA